GAAGUAAUGCAUGGUGAAUAUUAGCCUUUUUUAUGUCUAGGUGGUUGUCAGCAUAAAGACAACCUCUGUUGUUCCUUGUCUUGGUGGCGAGACACUAUGGCCCGCGGACGCCUCGAGGCAGCGCAGAUGGCUGCAGAAGAUGAAGAUGUAGACAUUAUAGAAGGAGACGUUGUUGACGACCUUGAAGGCGAGGACCCUGAUUAUGGGAGUGAGGGCGAGGGUGAUGGAGAUGACACUCAGAGCGACGACCGUAUCCGCACCGUGCUGGAAGAUGACUCGUUCCACUGCUUUGAUGGGCACCAAGAUGCCGUGGUAUCAGUAGCAUGGAACCCUGCUCUACCUGAUGUGGUCGCGACUGGUGGUUGCGACGACACGGCAUAUCUGUGGCGUGUGGGUCAAGACGCUUUUGAGGAAAGCGCUGGCAGCCUUGGUACCUACGAGCUGGCAGGGCACACGGACACGGUUGCGGCCCUUGCGUUCAGCAGCUCGGGUACCAUGCUGGCGACAGCUGGAAUGGACGGCAUCUGCAAAGUGUGGCGGGUGGCUGAUGGUCGGCUGGUUCAUUCCCUGGAGGGCAGUGGGGGGGCGUUGCAGUGGCUGUCCUGGCACCCCCGGGGGGAGGUAGUGGUGGCGGGCACGGAUGACUGCAUGGCUUACAUGUGGAACGCGGCCACGGGGGCGGUCAUGCAGGUGUUCAGUGGCCACUGCGGGGUUGUUAGCGCGGGCUGCUUUACCCCGGAUGGAAAGUCGGUGGUCAGUGUGGGUGGCGAGGAUGACGCCAGUCUCAGAGUGUGGAACCCCCGGACCGGAGAGUGCACUCUCACGAUACAGGGCCACCCCUUCCACGACAGCGGCAUCACGUGUUUAGGUCUGCAUAGAGACGGUGGGGGGGCGGCCAUUACGGGGGGAGAUGACGGCUGUGUCUGCAUCUCCAACAUCGCUACGGGGAGAGUGGGAGGAAGGCUGACAGGUCAUGAAGAUUCAGUGGAGGCUGUGGGGCUGUCUGCUCAUCUGCCCCUGGCUGCCUCGGCCUCCCUGGACGGCAAGCUACUAGUCUGGGAUUGUGGCACACUGAGCCAACGGGGCUGCUGCGAACAUCCCACUUCCGUCACCCGGAUGGUGUGGCACCCCACCGAGCCACUGGUCUUUACCGCCUGUCUGGACGGCGCGUCGCGUUGCUGGGACUUGCGUACGGCAACAUGUGUACGUACGUACGGCGGACACGAGGAUGCUGUACAGGACAUUUGCCUGAGCCCAGACGGCUCCAUGCUGCUCACAGGCGCGGACGAUGGCACUGCGCGUGUGUUCAAAGUGCAGCCCUAG